AUGCCUUCGCUGUGGAAGCGCGUAAGCUACUCGCUGGCCUCGGCGCUGUGCGCGGGAUCCGUGGCCCUCCUGCUGGUGGCCCUGUCCACAGAGCGCUGGGUCACCGGGCGCAUCCUUUGCAAAACCGGCGUGGAGCUCGUCAACGCCUCCCACCCGGAGCUGGACCUGUUCACCGGACAAGUCUACUACGGUCUGUUCCGCGGAGGGAAGACCAAGAAGUGCGGGCUUGGGACCAGGCGCUCCAAAAUCCACAUCUUCCCAAAACUGGUCCGGACAUUGAACGGUGGUCUCCACGUGAUGGUGAUCCUCUUCCUGCUGACGGCCGUGUCCUUUGCGCUGGUCAGCCUCUCCUUCAGCAUUUAUAAUGCACGUAAAGUCCCCUACCAGAGCAUCAAGGGUCACAAGGGACUCUACCUGUGGAAUCUCAUCGCCGCUAUGUUCGGCACACUGGCAGCACUCUGCUUCGUGGCAGCCGUGAGGCGUCACGGCCUCACCGAGCGCGUGGUCAACUACCGGGAGAGCCUCUUCGCUCUGGUGGUCCUGGAGGACUCGCUGGACUGGUCCUUCUGGCUGAGCGUGGCCAGCGUGGCCACCCACUUGGCCGUGUGCGGAGUGGUCGCCGUGAGCCGCGUCAAGCUGCCCAAAGCAGAAGUUAAGAUCCCCGAGGAGCCCACCGUGUCCUCUCUGGACUUGCUCUACUGACAGUGAUAUUAAAUAUUU